CACCACAAGAAUUUAGUCUCCACUUCUCAUUCGAAUAGAAGAGAAGUAUCUUAAAGAUACUUUUAUUAAAGAAAAGUGAAAAAAGAAAGAAAGAAACUCAAAACAAAAAAAAACCUUCGCAUAUUGUUUUGAUCGUAGAAAAAAAUUGUAUUUAAUUUUUUUCGUUCAUUCUUCUUCGGUUGCACAUUAAGUUUCUUUAAAAGUGCUUUUUACUAAAUCACUCAUACGCCACCGGUUUCGUUUAUAAUUCGACUCUAAAAUAUUAUAAACAAUUAGCAAGUUCCAGAUUUUUUAACUUCUGGGUCUCUCUUUUUCGGUGCUUGCUUACUUACCUACCACUUGUGAUUUUGAAUACGUGCCAUGUUACCGCAUAGAGUUGCCAUACUGUCAUUUUAAUAAUUCUCGACCUGCGCUCAGUCACACUUGGGUAGAUAGAAUUGUAUAUAUUCUACACUACACGGUAAUGAUGCCCUAAUAGCCAAACAUCUACAUUUUGCUUAGAAAAUGACGUGAGAUACGACAUACGCGAACAUUUCGUUAUCAGCAGCAGAGUAGCAUACUUUAAUAUUUAUUGUCAUCCAGACGCGACCGAGUACCAGGCUUUCAGGGGAAUUUUUUUUUCUACAAAAUUUCGCAAAAAUUUAUUAAUCAACAACAAAAGGCAUUUAUUAAUAAGAAAAAUACAAACUCUUCAAGUUGUAAUAAUAGCUUUUAUCUGAAGAAGGCAAUUGAAAUCCGUCGAACAGAAAAAAACUUAUCAACAACAAAAACAACACUCAAAUCGCGGGAAGGUCAUGAUUGUGAUUAAGUGAAAAAGUUCUAAAUAGCAAAUGAAACAACAUAAAUUUAUUAUAUUUGCUUUGUUUUUAUGAAAAUUAGAAUAAACCAAAAAACCCUAAAAAUUAGGAGGUCUCAAUUCAAAAUAUCGUUUAGAUAUCAGCCAGAAAAAGUGUGCCAACAGUUGUUUGUUUGAGUGAAAAAUCGAUUAAAAACGGUGUAGUUUUUUUUUUUUUGACAACAAAAAUAUAGUUUGCGUAGACAGAAAUACAAAAAAAAUCAUACAAUCAUGGGAUGGUUCCAUAUGUUACAACUUUUCGGUCUUAUGGCUGGUUCUAUGGUCCUUGGAUUAAAACAUUCCGAAAACAGUAUUGAAACAGAUGACACUGAUGACACCAGAUAUACUUCAAGGAUUCGUGAUCGCGAAGGAUACAUACACGGAAAGUUUCCAUUUCUAAUGCCAAAUGUCAGACCCAAUACGCCCGAGCUCUAUUUAUGCACACCAAUUAAAGUUGACUUCACCACAAGUUAUUAUAUCGUUGGUUACGAACCAAAUGCCACAAUGAAUACCGCACAUCACAUGCUUUUAUAUGGAUGUGAAGAACCUGGUUCAACAAAACCUGUGUGGAAUUGUGGAGAGAUGGCAAAAAAAGGAUCUGACGAGCUUGAAACUUCAAGUCCAUGUGGGGUUACAGCACAUUCUCAGAUUCUUUAUGCUUGGGCAAGAGAUGCCCCCAAGCUGAAUCUUCCCAAUGGAGUGGGUUUUAAGGUCGGAAGUGAUUCCCCAAUCAAGUACAUGGUUUUGCAGGUGCAUUAUGCACACAUUGAUAAAUUUAGUGAUGGAAGCACAGAUGAUUCUGGAGUUUUUAUCAACUAUACAACAGAACCAAUGAAUAAACUUGCUGGUGUCUUGCUCCUUGGAACAGCUGGAACUAUUAAGCCAAAUUCCAUUGAACACAUGGAAACGGCAUGUGAAAUGAACGAACACAAGAUCAUACAUCCAAUAGCUUAUAGAACUCAUACGCACAGUUUGGGUAAAGUUGUAUCUGGAUAUCGAGUUCGGGCUGAUGAUAGAGGAGCACAUCAAUGGACUUUGCUGGGUAAACGUGAUCCCUUGACUCCCCAGAUGUUCUAUCCUAUUAUGAAUGAUGAACCGAUUGUUUAUGGUGAUCAAUUGGCUGCUCGUUGUACCAUGGAAAGUCAUCGAGAUCGAUACACACAAAUUGGAGCAACAAAUGAAGAUGAAAUGUGUAACUUUUAUUUGAUGUACUAUGUCGAGAAUGGCGACCCACUCAACAUGAAAUAUUGCUUUAGUUCUGGACCACCACAAUACCAUUGGAAGAAUCCUGAUGUCGGUUUAACCAACAUUCCAGACUAUGAAGCUAGUCAUUUGUAAAUAAACUUGCCGCAACUGCGUUAUAUAAAUCACACCCAUUGACCACAAUUUUAGUAGAUUAUAAAUCAAAAAUCAAAUUAGAAACAAAAAAAAAAAAAAAAGACAAAAAAUACUUGUUCAUUAAAUAAAUUAUCUACCUUGAGCAAAAUAGGGAUUAAUAUAUUUAAGAAUAAAAACAUAAAAUUAAAAAAAGUAAAAA